AUGUUCGACAAAGAAAUCACUCUCAAACGCAAAGAGUUCAUUAAUCAAGGUCUUCUCAAACCUAAUCCCGCCAAAGAGGAUAUUGCUGAAGUCGUUCACGAAGAGCUUCAACAAUAUCAAGUCAACAAUGCUGAAGAAAUCGAGUGCCUCAAGGGACUUACAGUGAAUUCUGAUGAAACUCCGGGAGAUUUUACCAAAAAUGGUAAUUUAGGUUCUAACUUUGAUUCUUUGUUUGAUUUAGCUUUUGAUAGUUUAGUGAAGAGUAAGAAAGUUAGAAUAGUUGAACCUAUGUUUCAAAUAUGCCCUGAAAGGGAUACAUUGACUUGGACUUACAUGAUUAUAGAUCUAGCUCAACAUGGUAUGGGAAACGAGGCCAUAUAG